AAUAGUGCAAAUGAAAAAAUUAUAAGUAGUAUUUAUCAGUGCUAAUUGUGAAUUAUACAAAAUAUAUAUAUUAAUACAACAGUAGUUGUAACUGCAGUUGCUGAAUAGUGAUAGCAGAAUUGUCACUGACAUUUGCUGAUUACAUUGCUACUGUGUAAUUGAAACAAAAGAUUGUUUUCAUUUGUUGAUAAUCAAUCAUAACCUCUGGAUUAUUAUUACAACGCCAUUUUCACGGGAAUUUACCAUGAAUUCGAGAAAUAUUCCAUCUGAUAAGAUAAACUUACGUCUAAUCCUUGUCAGUGGUAAGACAAAAGAAUUUUUAUUUAGUCCAAGUGACUCUGCAGGAGACAUAGCCCACCAUGUAUUUGAAAAUUGGCCGGAAGAUUGGGCGGAAGAGGCCGUGGCAAAGGCGGAGAUCUUACGACUAAUUUACCAGGGCCGGUUUUUACAUAGCAAUGUAACGCUCGGUGCAUUGGGUCUUCCUUUCGGAAAAACCACAGUUAUGCAUCUAGUUCCACGAGAAAAUCUUCCCGAGCCUAAUUCUCAAGAUCAGAGACAAAAGAGCAAAGGCGGUGGAAGUAGUUGCUGCUCGGCAUCCUGUUGUAUACUCUAAAUGUUGGCUGCCUUGGAAACUCGUCGUGGUAUAAUAUUACAUAAACCAAUGGACAUAAUCCAAGUUAAGCCAUUGUUUUUAAAAUUUUAUGAUUAUGUAUGCAUAAUCGUUAGUGACUGAACUUGUGAGCGAUGUAGCUAAGAUUAUUAAUUAUGUUAUCUAAUGCUGUUGAUUAAAUAUCUUAAUCGUGGUGGGGAUAAGUUAUUUAUAUAAGUAAUGAACGAUAACAAAUUUAUACUCUGUAUUUUCUCUUUUUUUUUAAUUCUGUCAUACUAGGAAUAACAGUAAUUGAUUUAGUAUCGGAGCAAACAUCAUCAAUACACCAAGUUAAAAUAUCGUAUCAACGAUUUAAUAUUAUUAUAUUUCAUAAAAAAAAAAAUAAAAAUAAAUAAAUAAUAAUAAGUUUAGCGUCAGAGCCAAAUUUUAUAAUAAUAAUAACAACAACAAUAAUAAUAAUAAUAAUAAUAAUAAUAAUAAUAAUAAUAAUAAUAAUAAUAAUAAUAAUAAUAAUAAUAAGGAUAAUAACAAUAAGUAUAAUUGUAACAAGCCUUUGAAAUGACGUAAUUGCUCAUCAACUGUUGGAAGUUAAUGGAUACUUGAGCUUCGUCAACACAUUAAAUACGAAAUAAUAACUUGUUUAAUUAAAUAAAGAUUGGAAGAAAAACAAUAACAAAAUAAACAUAUUAACACUGACAUAUAGAACAUGAUAAAUAAACUGUGGUUAAUUUCAGCAGGCGUGUUCAAAUGCCUUUUUGUAUUAAUAAGUUCAUUGUCCUCUCUUUUGUAUGAAUCAUUCUUGCGUGCGAUUAUAAUUCAAUAUUGUCAUAUAUAGACACGAAAAUCCAGAGAUGAGUGAGAAAAUGUUUUUUUGAAAAUGUUAUUAAUAAAAGAAAGAUUUGUAAAAAGUUUCCCCGCUACGCCUCAAUACUAUAAUUAAACAGCAGAUACGUUCUCUGGCUUAUUAUUAUUAUUAUUAUUAUUAUUAUUAUUAUUAUUAUUAUUAUUAUUAUUAUUAUUAUUAUUAUUAUUAUAAUUAUUGUUAUUAUUAUUAUUAUUAUUAUUAUUAUGCUACAGUGCUUAAAGUUUCAAUCACUAUCAAAUUACUACCGCAGUGUUAUUAUGAUUACGUAAGCUAAAUACAUGUAUGAAUCUAUUUACAUUGAAAAAAUUGUGUGAAUGCGUGUUGUGCGAAUUAUUGAUAUAAUAAAUAAAUAAAAUAAAAAUAAAUUUAUGUUGUGAU